AUGCCACCACUAAAGAAACGUAAACUAUCAGAUGCAAGUGUCGAUAUAGAGGAAUCAAUAUCUCCAGACUUAGAUCAAGAGGAAGAACAACCACAAUUGGAACAAGAGAUAUUUUCAGUAAAUACGAAUUUGAAACCAUUUUAUAUAAUAGAUCCAAAACCACCCACUACAACAAAUCAAUCAACAUUCAAUUCCAUUUUUAAAAAAAUAACAAACCAAACUACAGAUUUUUCCAAAUUAAAAACACCUUUUUUACCACUUUUCAACGGAUUAGAAUCACAAGAAAAUGUAAAAUAUAGAUAUGAAUUAUAUACUACAAUUUGGCAAAAUCAACAAGAUAAAAUUCAACAAAUUUUAGAUAAUGCAAAUAAUGAAUUAUUUAAUCAAUUAUUAAAAUUUAUUGAACAAGAAGUUAAUGAUGAAAAAUUAGAUAUUGGAUAUAUACAAUUAACUUCAAAUAAUGCUAAUAAUUUUAGAAUUUUAAAUGAAUUUUUAACAUUUAUGAAUUUCCAAAAAUCCAAAGAAUAUAAAAUAAUUUCAAUAAAUUCAAAAAAUGGUUCAAAUAUUAGAAAUUUAAUAAAAGAAAUAAUUAAACAAUUUAUUGAUCAAGUUUCUGAUUGUAAUUCUGAUAAUUAUUUAAAUUAUGAUAUUGAAAUUUUAAAAAAUUGGUUUAAUAAAAAAUCAAAUAAAGAUUGUAAAUUAGUCAUAGUAGUUGAAGAUACUAAUUUAUUUAAUCAUCAAGUAUUAAAUCAACUAAUCAAAAUAUUACAAUCUUCAAUUGAUGAAAUUUCUAUAAAAUUAUUAUUAGCAUUAAAUUGUGAAACUGUAAGUAGUUGGAUCAAUAAUAAUUUGAGAAAUGAAAUAAGAUUAAAUUUAAAUGGGUAUAAAUUCAAAAGUAACAACAAUAAAAGUUUAGGAUAUAUUAUAUUAAAUAAUUUAUUUUUAACACCAGAAUUGGAUAAUUCAAAUCCAUUAUUAAUUGAAAAAAAAUUAUCAAUCAUUUUACUAAAUCGUUAUGAAAAUAGUAAUAAUUCUAUCGAUUCAUUGAUUUCCAUUAUAAAAUUAUGUUAUAUGAUUUAUUUUUAUAGUUCUCCUUUAAGUAUAUUAAUUUCAAAAUUUGAUAAGUCACCAAUUUAUUUAGAUGGAUUAAGAAAAUUACCAAGUUUUAAAAAUCAUAUUGAAUUAAAAGCAAAACAAAAAGAUCCCAUUGUGAAAGAUUUAAUUACUUCAGAUACAAAAUUAAUUCAUUUAUUUAAUCAAUCUAAAAAUCAAUAUCAAAAACAUAAAUUAUCAAUUAUGAAUUCUAUAAAUAUUGUAUACAAUAUUGAUCCUUUUAAAUCAAAAGAAAAAUUCCAAUUAUAUCAAUUAUUAAUAAAUAAUAAAUUAUUAAACUCCAAAUAUUUUCAUGAAGUUAUUAAUAUUUCAAAUUAUUCACCAACUCAAUUAAUAAAAUUAGUCAAUGAGAUUUUUACAAAUACAACUGAAAAAAUUGGUGAUAUAAAAGAUAAAUAUUUAAUUGAAUUAAAAAAUGAAAUAAAUAAAUUAACAAUCACCACCACCACUACAAUAGAUAAAACUGUAUUAAAUACAUGUAUAGAAGAAUAUUUCAAAAAUCCCAUAUUAAUAACACCAUUAAAUUAUAUGAUUUUUAAUGAAAUUUUUUCAAUGAAUGGUGGUAUAAUUAAAAAUAAAUAUCUUUUACAAGAAAAUUAUAAUAAUUUAGCUUUAAAUUUAUUAAGACCAAAUUUACGUCAAACAAUUGAACAAAGUUUAGAUAAUUUUGAAAUUUAUUUAAAUAAUCCAUUAAUUAAUAAAACUACAUUACCAAAUACUGAUUCAAUAACAUCAAAUAUUAAAACUCCAUUACUUUGUUUAUUAUUUAAAUUAUAUAAAGAAGCACCAGCAUCAAUUAAUUUAAAUGAUUUUUAUCAAGCUUUUGCAUCACAAUUAAAUAAACCUACCACCAUCAAAAGUGAAGAAGAAUGGUCAAAAAUAAAUUAUUCUUGGUUUAUUGAAAAUUGUUAUGAAUUAAUGCAUUUAGGUAUUGUACAAUUUAAAAGAGUUAAUGAACAUUUAGAAAAAGCUAUUUGGAAAGGUGUUUAA